AUGUCGUCCUUCCACAUCGUCGAACACACCAUUCCCUGUCAACAUAUCCGAGAGUUCCCCCGAGCCACAGCUGUCUCACAGGAGGAUGUACUACACCUGGCGGUAAAGCAAUAUAUACCAAAAGACAACCCGAAUCCGCAACCCGGAGAUGUCACGAUAUUAGGGGCACACGCAAAUGGUUUCCCCAAGGAGCUGUACGAGCCACUGUGGGACGAUAUACAUGCUCGGUCAAAAAGACAUGGCUUUCGUAUAAGGAGUAUAUGGAUUGCCGAUGUUGCACAGCAGGGACAGAGCAGUGUACUGAAUGAGCGACUGCUUGGAAACGAUCCGGGCUGGCAUGACCACCCAAGAGAUCUGCUACACCUGAUCAAUCUCAAGCGAGACCAGAUGCCGCGGCCCAUUAUAGGUAUCGGCCACUCGAUGGGCGGAAACCACUUGGUCAAUCUAGCAUACAUUCACCCCCGUCUCCUCACCACUCUAGUCCUCAUCGACCCUGUGAUCCAGAUCUACUCAUCCGUCCCACCAACAGCAGGGCCCAGCCCAGCCAAACUAUCCACGUUCCGCCGCGAUGUCUGGCCCUCGCGUGAGGAAGCAGCAAAGUCAUUCAAAAAGAGCAAAUUUUAUCAAGCAUGGGAUCCUCGUGUGCUCGAUCGGUGGGUGAAAUACGGCCUGCGAGACAUGCCCACGUUGCUCCAUCCCGAGGAAUCGAAAAACAAAGAUGGCCCGCCCCAAGUGACGUUGACGACUCCGGUCCCACAAGAGGUCUUCACUUUUUUGCGCCCCAAUUACGAGGGAAAUGGAUACAACGGCCGGCCCAUAAAUCGCAAAACCCACCCGGACUUAAAUCCGGCCUUGCCGAUGAUCUAUCCAUUCUAUCGCUCCGAAGGACCCCAAACGUUCUUCCGCCUCGAAGAGCUCCGGCCCUCCGUGCUUUACAUCUUUGGCGGGAAAUCCGACGUCGGCACGCCCGAUGCUUGCAAGGCGAAAAUGGAUCAUACGGGCGUCGGCGCCGGAGGCAGCGGAGGUGCACCUGCGGGGAGGGUGCGAAGUGUGCUCUUCGACGACAUUGGUCAUCUCAUCGCCAUGGAGGCAGUGGACCGGACGGCGGAUUCUUCCUGCGAGUGGAUCGGAAGUGAGAUGAAGAUCUGGCGCGAGGACGAGGAAGAGCACAACCGAACCUGGAAUAAGAAGACCCUCGUGGAGAAGCAGAGCCUGGAUGAGGAGUGGAAGAAGAUGAUCGGAGGGCCAUACGAGAGGAAACCAAAGGGUGCAAAGUUGUGA